AACUCCACUCCAGGGAACUAACCAGGGAGAGGAGGUACUGAAGAUCGACUAAACCAGCUGUGACGGGGCCAUCAGCCCAAAGGCGUCCUGGAGGAGUGUACGGAACGCCAAGGAAGGAGUAGAAUAAAUAGCAGUCAGAGAAACCAGACCCAGGGGCAUUGCUAAGAGGCAGUGGCCGGGUUUAACAUGGAUCACUAAACGCACCUCCUCCUAUGAUCUGGAUGGUCAGGGAGACUUGGCUUCUCUGAGUCUCCUCCAGGACACAGAUUCACAGAGUUUCACGCCAGGGACUGCCACUGACAGAGAGUCUGGAAAUGGCAAAAACUUAUGUGAAACCCAAGGAGAUGACAGAGUUGGUCAACACACCAUCCUGGAUGGACAAAGGUCUGGGCUCUCAGAAUGAGAUGAAGGAGGAGGAGAGAAGACCAGCUGCUUAUGGGAUGCUUGGCAGCUUGGCUGAAGAGCAUGACAGUAUUGAGGAGGAAGAAGAGGAAGAAGAGGAUGGAGAGAAGCCCAAGAGACGAGGUCCCAAGAAAAAGAAGAUGACGAAAGCUCGCCUUGAGAGAUUCAGGGCUCGAAGAGUCAAGGCUAAUGCUAGAGAACGGACCCGGAUGCAUGGCCUGAACGAUGCCCUGGACAACCUGAGGAGGGUCAUGCCAUGCUACUCUAAGACCCAAAAGCUCUCCAAGAUAGAGACUCUUAGACUGGCUAGGAACUAUAUUUGGGCUUUGUCUGAGGUCCUAGAAACAGGACAAACACCUGAAGGGAAGGGCUUUGUGGAGAUGCUCUGUAAAGGGCUCUCUCAGCCCACAAGCAACCUGGUGGCUGGAUGCCUCCAGCUGGGCUCUCAGUCUGUCCUCCUGGAGAAGCAUGAGGAGAAAUCUCCUCUUUGUGACUCUGCCAUCUCUGUCCACAACUUCAACUAUCAGUCUCCCGGGCUCCCCAGCCCUCCUUAUGGCCAUAUGGAAACACAUCUUAUUAAUCUUAAACCUCCAGUAUUCAAGAGUUUGGGAGAAUCAUCCUUCGGGAGCCAUCCACCUGACUGCAGUACACCACCUUAUGAGGGCCCACUUACUCCCCCCCUGAGCAUCAGUGGGAACUUCUCCUUGAAGCAAGAUGGCUCCCCUGACCUGGAGAAAUCCUACAGCUUCAUACCACAUUACCCCUCUGCAAGUCUAAGCUCAGGGCAUAUGCAUUCGACUCCAUUUCAGGCUGGUACCCCCCGCUAUGAUGUUCCCAUAGAUAUGUCCUAUGAUUCCUACCCCCACCAUGGCAUGGGAGCCCAACUCAACACAAUCUUCACUGAUUAGACCAGCAUUUCAGAGGAGGAUGUGGAGAUAUUUCCCAUAACUCAAGUGGUUGAGCUGAAGAUUCAGUGAUCUUAAUGGAACCCUAUAGAUGUAUA